UGUCAAAAUUACCCUUCCAAUGAAAUUUAAACAAACUGGCACACUCCUUUCUCCAUUUCUUCCUUAACGGACCAAUGCAUGAUCAUCAUCAUCAUCAUCUCUGAUUCAGAAGAAUCGAAGAGAAAAAGAUGUUCAAUUUCUUGAAAGGAGUGGUGGGCGGAUCAGGGGGAGGCCAGAAGGAUCUACCUUACAAUAUAGGGGAUCCUUACCCUUCCGCUUGGUCCUCUUGGUCUCACUUUCGCGGCACUUCCAAGGAUGAUGGAUCUCCUGUGUCUAUAUUUUCUCUUUCCGGUAGUAAUCCGCAGGACGGCCGUUUAGCUGCUGGUCGGAAUGGUGUCAAGCGUCUUCGAACUGUGAGGCAUCCGAAUAUCUUGUCAUUUCUUUAUAGUACUGAGGUUGAAACUGUUGAUGGUUCCGGUACAAAAGUUACCAUCUAUAUUGUCACAGAGCCUGCUAUGCCAUUAUAUGAGAAGAUCAAGGAACUAAGUUUAGAAGGUACACAAAGAGAUGAGUAUUACGCCUGGGGUCUGCACCAAAUAGCUAAAGCUGUGAGCUUUUUAAAUAAUGACUGCAAACUUGUUCACGGCAAUGUUUGUCUGGAAAGUGUUGUUGUAACGCAGACCUUGGACUGGAAGCUACAUGCAUUUGAUGUUUUAUCUGAGUAUGAUGGGACUAGUGGAACUGCUACAGGACCAAUGCUGCCGUAUGAAUGGCUUGUUGGAUCACAAUACAAGUCAGUGGAGCUGGCGAAGUCUGACUGGGUUGCAAUCAGAAAAUCUCCACCAUGGGCUAUUGAUUCUUGGGGUUUGGGAUGUCUUAUUUAUGAGAUUUUCUCUGGCAUGAAGUUGGGAAAAACUGAGGAGCUGCGAAACACUGCUUCUAUACCAAAGUCUCUGCUUCCAGAUUAUCAGCGGCUCUUGAGCUCCACACCUUCACGCAGGUUGAAUGCAUCAAAACUUAUAGAGAACAGUGAAUAUUUCCAAAAUAAGUUGGUGGACACAAUACAUUUCAUGGAAAUUCUCAGUUUGAAAGAUAGUGUUGAGAAGGAUACUUUCUUUCGCAAGCUUCCUAAUUUAACAGAGCAGCUUCCUCGCCAAAUUGUGUUGAAGAAGUUAUUUCCUUUAUUAACCUCUGCCCUUGAAUAUGGUUCGGCUACUGCCCCUGCUUUGACUGCACUGUUGAAGAUUGGUUCUUGGCUUUCAGCUGAAGAAUAUACCCUGAAGGUACUGCCUACAAUUAUAAAACUUUUUGCUUCUAAUGACCGAGCCAUUCGAGUUGCUCUCCUACAGCAUAUUGAUCAAUAUGGAGAAUCUUUAUCAGCUCAAGCUGUUGAUGAGCAAGUUUACCCCCAUGUUGCUACCGGAUUUGUGGACACAUCAUCAAUUCUCCGGGAAUUAACUCUUAAGUCCAUGCUUAUAAUGGCUCCUAAGCUUUCACAACGUAAUUUGUCAGGCUCCCUAUUGAAGUAUCUUUCGAAGUUACAGGUUGAUGAAGAGCCUGCAAUUAGAACAAAUACCACCAUAUUACUGGGAAACAUUGCAAGCUAUCUAAAUGACAGGACACGGAAGAGAGUUUUGAUUAAUGCAUUCACAGUCCGUGCAUUGCGUGAUACCUUCUCUCCUGCCCGAGGAGCAGGAGUUAUGGCUCUAUGUGCCACCAGUUCUUAUUAUGAUACAACUGAGAUUGCAACUCGGAUUCUUCCAAAUAUUGUUGUACUUACCAUUGAUCCUGACAGUGAUGUAAGGUCAAAGGUAUUUCAAGCAGUUGAUCAAUUUAUGCAGAUACUGAAGCAAUCUAAUGAGAAGAGUAAUGCUGGAGAUACUGCUCACGCUGGAAGUUUAGGGCUCUCAUCAAUGCCGGGAAAUGCUGGUUUAUUGGAAUGGGCCAUGAGCUCCUUGACUCUUAAAGGUAAACCUUUGGACCAAGCUCCAAUUGCCGCUUCCAAUUCUGUCCGACCUGUGACUACCACUACUGCAGCCAGCUCAGGACUAAUAGAAACUCCAAGUAUGGCACCAGUCCGUGUAAGUUCCAGUUCGGACUUUGCCGAUGCUCCCGCACCUCCAUCCCCUACUUUAACUGAUGGGUGGGGUGAAAUCGAGAAUGGCGUUCAUGAAGAACAAUAUAGUGACAAAGACGGAUGGGAUGAUAUCAAACCCCUCGAAGAGCCAAAACCAUCUUCAGCCCUUGCAAACAUUCAGGCAGCUCAGAAACGUCCUGUGUCACAACCUAAACCUCAAGCAGCUACAAGUUUGAGAUCGAAAAGUACAGUGAAGGCGGUGGCGACGAAAGACGAAGAUGAUGACUUGUGGGGUUCGAUAGCGGUUCCGACUCCGAAAAUUGCUUCAAAAUCAUUGAAAGUUAAAACAAGUGGAGCAGUUGAGGAUGAUGAUCCUUGGGCAGCCAUUGCAGCUCCCCCUCCUACGACGAAGGCGAAGCCGUUAUCGGCCGGAAGAGGGAGAGGAACUAAAGCUGCUGCGCCCAAAUUGGGUGCACAGAGGAUAAACCGAACAUCUUCAUCUGGGAUGCAAUAAAAUCACAAGCCAUAUUAAACAACAUAAAUGAUGAAAAAGGAAAAAAUAUAUAUAAAGUUUUGUAUAUUUUUUUUUAUUCUUUUUCUCUUAUGGUGACUGGUUUCACAUUAAAAUAACAUCGAAUCUUUUCUCACAAAGUUGUAGUUGCUAACAAUAUAUAUUAUUUGAUUUGUAAUAUCAUUCUUUUUAAUCACAAAA